CAUUAUCAAACAACAAUUAUGAAAUCGAACAAUUUCCCUGUUUACAAUUUGCUGAACAAUGGAUAUAGUAAAGAGUAAAUUUAAUCUGUAUGUAAUUCUUAGGCAUUAUAAUUGGAGAAAUUGGUACAAAAUUGGGGAUGAACGGCGUUAACAAUGGGUUUCUCGGAUUUCAUGACUUUAGGAUAUCACGGGAGAAUAUGUUGAUGAAGAAUUCCAAGGUACUAGAAGAUGGAACAUACGUAAAAUCUACAAAUGAUAAGUUAACGUAUGGUACGAUGGUGUUCGUUCGAGUAGUAUUGCUGCAGAACCUCUCACACUAUUUAGCGAAAGCUGCUACUAUUGCGGUUCGAUACAGCGUAGUAAGACGUCAGGGUCGAAUAAAUCCGCAACAACCAGAGGUACAGAUUCUCGAUUACGUAACGCAACAAAACAAAAUCUUCCCUCAUAUUGCCACAUGUUUCGCAAUAAAAGUUACUGCCAGUUGGGUUUUGAAUAUGUAUAAUACGGUACAAAGUAAAUUGCACCAGGCUGAUUAUGAAAAACUACCAGAGUUGCAUUCUUUGUCAUGUUGCUUAAAAGCAGUUGUAUCUGCAGAUACAGCAGCUGGAAUAGAGCAACUUCGGUUAUCUUGUGGUGGACAUGGAUACAUGACUGCCAGCAAUCUGCCAACACUCUACGGAUUGGCCACUGCAGUCUGUACUUACGAAGGGGAAAAUACAGUCCUACUUUUGCAAACAGCUAGAUACCUGGUAAAAUCAUGGAAACAAGCUAUGGAUGGUGAACCAUUGCCAGAAUCUGUAGAGUAUUUUAACGAAGCAGCAAAAGGAGGAAAACAUCGUCGUUGGAGUAACGAUUUGGAAUGUCUGAUUGAUGCCUAUAACGCGGUAGCCGCAGGAUCUGUUCGUUUAGCAGCAGAACAUUUGGAUCGCAGAAUACGUGAUGGAGUUCCGAUGGAGGAGGCGUGGAACCAAACGGGUAUCGAACUAGCUCAGUGUGCGGAAGCUCACGCUCGAGCAUUCAUUGUAAAAACAUUUGCAAAAGCUAUUAAACAGUUGAACUCGAAGUCUAAAGAAUUUCGUCAAGUAAUGUUUCAACUCUGCGAGCUGUAUAUCGUAUAUUGGGCUUUGAGGAACGUUGGUAAUUUUCUUCGAUUUUCUUCUAUGCAGAAAGAGCAUGUUCAGCCACUUCAUUCACGCUUGGAAUAUUUGCUGACGUCAAUCCGACGAAAUGCUGUAGGAAUCGUUGACGGUUUCGAUUUUAAUGACCAUAUUCUUUGUUCGGCUUUGGGUGCUUACGAUGGAAAUGUUUACGAACGAUUGUUUCAAGACGCCAUGAAGAGCCCUCUGAACCGUGAAACUGUGAACAUGUCUUUUGAAAAAUACUUAAAACCAUUUCUUAAGAGUAAUUUAUAGAGUAAUCUUCCUACAUUUUGAAAUAAAAUUGUAAAUCGUA